UCCUUCCCAGUGUGUGGUGUUUUGUUUACUGUUCUGAGAUGUUAAAUGUAAAUGCUGUGCACUGAGUUGACACAGAGGUGUGCAAAGAUUUACCGAGUUCAGACGCUUCACAGCAGAGAUGAAAUUUUACUUUUGUGUUUUCUUCCUGGUGGCCGUUUGUGGUUUGUCUGUAGGUAUAAUAAGAGAAUACAUAUAUGCUCCUCACGGAAAGGGUGUUACCUGGUAUGGGGCUCAAUGGCUUUGCAGACACUACUACAGAGAUCUGGCUACCGUCAGUACUGCUGAAGAACAUCAGAGAAUUGUAAACAUUGCAAACAGCUAUGAAACAAGCUGGAUUGGAUUGUACAAAGCGUACGAUUACACAAACACCUGGAUGUGGUCUGAUGGAGAACAAGCUUCUUUUUUUAAAUGGGAAUAUAGCUGGCUUUCAACUGACUUUUACACACGACGUUGUGCUGUCCUCAGUGCUGGCUACUGGGACAGUAUUGACUGUGACAAUAAAGUAAAAUCUUACUACUGUUACAGGUAUUUGAUUUUAGUGAAUGAGAAUAAGACAUGGGAGGAGGCUCUUCAGUACUGCGCCACUAACUAUACUGGUUUGGCCUCUCUGACCUACAAGACACAACUGUUCCAGGCAAAAAAGGAGCUUGCACUGAGCCAAACAGUCCAUGUGUGGACUGGCCUGCGCUUCAUGGAUGGAAAAUGGUUCUGGCUGAAUGGAAAGGCUCCAGAGACACUGGCUUCAUUGCCAUCAUGUCCAGCUCGACUUUAUCGCUGUGGAGCGCUUAACAUCACAACAAGCGUCUGGGAGAACCAAGACUGCAACAAGAAGCUGAAUUUCCUCUGUUACUGGAACAGCUAAAUUUCCACAAGUUGGACCCUCGUUCAGGAAGAACACACUAUAUUUAUAGCACAAGAAUAUUAAAAAUGAAUUAGCUGUAGAAUGACUUUAUUUACAGGUAACUGGGUUUUUAAUAAUCAAUUGUAGACACUGAUAUAUCACUGAAACUAAAUAGUAAAUGGAAACAGUGAUGCUGGUGGAGGGUUGUAUAUUAAAAUAAUAGAGAAUAUCAUGCUGUUUUUCAAGUCAAGGUCAUGUCAUUUGAAAUAUAACUGUUAUAUCCACAUUCACUGGAUAUGAGCAAUCAUGCGCUCUGAUUGGCUACUCUACUACUAGGAUAUACCGUGAGCAGAGAAAAACAAAAUGGCAGAGCGUGUUGCUGAACCAACCGAGGACUAAAUAAAAACUCGAAUUAUUUUUCAAGAAUUAUUAUUAUUAUAGCAUUUUGCACAAAUUGCUACUGUCAUUUCGUCGGUUUGUUGACAUUCUAA